UAAUUAUUCAUUCUUCCCAAGGAAUACCUGUGAUGAUAUAUACAGUCAUUCACACUUUUCUUGAUAAUAUAAUUAUCAAUCUAUAUUUUCAGGAUGAAUAUAAUAUUUCUUCCAUUAAUGUGCCUGGGAAUAGUAUCAGUUCACGCUUUGCCAGAACCAUCUGUUACUCCAACCUCAGGAUACACGAAUGAUCUCCGAAUUAAUGGAUUUGGAUCGACGAUCAGAGGAUUCAGACCCACAACAGUAGCCAGUAGAGAAGAGGAAGAAUAUAUAUAUGACGAUGAAAUCGACAAUGAACCUGAACAAAGUCAAGACAGAGCUCCUACAUACGCUAACCAAAACUACCCUAUACAAUUAAAAACGACGCUGCAACCGAACCAGAACUAUCCGAUUCCAGUAAGGGCGGCAGGCAAUAAGAUUUACCCGACGAAUCCACCAAAAUUUGAAAGAAGACCACAGCAACAUCAGCAACAGCAGUUCGUCAGACGUGGAGAACAAAUACAGGAAGUGAAUCAACUAGCAGAAGAGAAAGAAAUAGAAGAACCAGACAGGCUGAGCUUGUUGCUACCACAGUCCAAAUUCCACUGCAAUGGAAAAAAUACCGGUUAUUAUGCUGACGUAGAAUUGGAUUGUGAAGUAUUUCACUAUUGCCAGGAGAACACCAAACAUUCUUGGAUAUGUCCAGAAGGAUUCAGCUUCCACCAGGUUCAUUUGAUUUGCAUGCCACCAGGCGGUGAGAACGUUUGUGAAAAAUCCACAGAUUAUCAUUUCGUGAAUGAUUACCUGUACAAACCUCUCAAUUUAGAAGAGCAUCAACGAAAACCCAACAUAACUCUGAUUCGAGUUACUGGACAACCACGGCUCCAGUACGCAUCCCCAACAACUUUGAGGCCACACCUUGCUCAAGGGCAAGUAUUCAGAUCACCCGAAGAAAUCAACAUCUCUCUUCAACAGAGGAGACCUCCUGCCCAACAUUACGUUACGGAAUAUUAG